GCCCCGCACGGGGUGAGCCCCCGCCUCGCACCUCUCUCGAACUCUCUUACCUGCCUCGGCGGCCCCACGGGCGUGGGAGCGGGAGCCGCCCCAAGGUGGGCUGGUCUUGGCGGAAGCGGCCUGCUAGUUGCUGCGUGGCCUAAGAUUUGAAGGCACCUGAUCCCCCAACCUUCUGGAAGCUGGGGCGGCCAGGACCCGUUUCCUCUAGAGCGCAACAUAGGCUCUCCGGAUCUGGGCCUGUGAUCUCCGCCUCGCCACUUCAGGGCUGUCGUCUGGACUGUGCGGGACCCACGACCUCACCUUUCGUUCCUUACAGCAUGCUCUGUUGGACCCUGUGCGCAUCGCGUGGAAGAGCCCCCUCACCCCGGAUGAACCCUGCAGGAGCCUCCGACCAUCCUUGAGGAGGAUGACUGAGGCACUAUGGGCCAUGCGCUGUGUGUCUGCUCUCGGGGAACUGUCACCAUUGACAACAAGCGCUACCUCUUCAUCCAGAAACUGGGGGAGGGUGGGUUCAGCUAUGUGGACCUAGUGGAAGGGUUACACGAUGGACACUUCUACGCCCUGAAGCGGAUUCUGUGUCACGAGCAGCAGGACUGCGAGGACGCCCAGCGAGAGGCGGACAUGCAUCGCCUUUUCCACCACCCCAAUGUCCUUCGCCUGGUGGCUUACUGUAUGAGGGAGCGGGGCUCCAAACAGGAGGCCUGGCUACUGCUACCCUUCUUCAAGAGAGGGACGGUGUGGAGCGAGAUCGAAAGGCUAAAGGACAAAGGCAGCUUCUUGACCGAGGAGCAAAUCCUGCUGCUGCUGCUGGGUAUCUGCAGAGGCCUGGAGGCCAUUCAUGCCAAGGGUUAUGCACACAGAGACCUGAAGCCCACCAAUAUCCUGCUUGGAGACGAAGGGCAGCCAAUUUUAAUGGACUUGGGUUCCAUGAAUCAGGCGAGCAUCCAGGUGGAGAGCUCCCGCCAAGCCUUAGCCCUGCAGGACUGGGCAGCCCAGCGGUGUACCAUCUCCUAUCGUGCUCCAGAGCUCUUCUCCGUGCAGAGCCACUGUGUCAUUGAUGAGCGGACCGAUGUCUGGUCCCUAGGCUGUGUGCUGUACGCCAUGAUGUUUGGGGAAGGCCCUUAUGACAUGGUGUUCCAGAAAGGGGACAGUGUGGCCCUGGCUGUGCAGAAUCAACUCAACAUCCCACCAAGCCCCAGAGAGCGGACGCUGCUGGCUUCCAUGAUGACUGUGGAUCCACAGCAGCGCCCUCGCAUUCCUGCCCUCCUCAGCCAGGUGGAGGCACUGCAGCCCCUGCCUCCUGGCCAGCACAGCACCCAGAUCUGAAGUGAGAAAGGAGACCCUCGUGCCUUGGACAGAGGCUCCUAUGCCUCUUCAGAACCUCCAUCCAGUGUGCCCAGGAAUGUUCUAACUGGGGACAGGAAGGAGAGGGACAGUCUUCUGCGUCCUGCACCUAUACGCCUGCUCUCUGGCCUCCAAGGGCAAACCACGGGGCAAGGCGCCAGGCUGAGUCGGGCUGGGAUGGGGGGAGAAGGGAAGCUUGUGGAAAAUGGUAGGUAGCUCUGAGCAGGACUGCUGAGCCCACAUCACGGUGGGCCUCCUAGCCUGGGAGCAGAGUGCAUUUGCCCACAGAAUAAAGCGAAAAGCCUGCUGGCA